AACAAAGACAUUUCCUAAAUACAUUGGACUUUUUCAUCACCCUUUGUUUAUUCAUUACUCCCAACGAUCGAGACCCACUUCACAAUUCUGUUCUAUCUGCUGUUACCAAGAUUUCACAGCAGAAAGAAAACCCAAAAAAGUUUUGUUUACAUUAUUAGCAUGUUUCCUUGUUCUUUGGAAGCAAUGGAAUAAGUUGGCUAUUGGUUUCAAGUGAUUGUUUGGUUGCAUUGUUAAAGAACAAUAAUGACUGCAAGGAUUUUGCAUUCUUUGAGUGGGGAUAAUACUGAUUUACCGAAGCAAAUUGGUUGUAUGAGUGGUGUUUUUCAAGUGUUUGACCGGCACCAGAUUGUUUCCGGAAGGCGGAUCUCGGAUUGCAGUCCGAAAAGGCUUCAUUCGGGUAGUCCACACUUUGACUAUGGAACGCCUGAACGUGAGUCAAGUAAUUCAUACGAGAGACCAUCAGUUAUUGUACACGACAAGAACAGGACAUCAACAGAAUCAUCUCGAGACUCUUUCUCAUCAAUGUCACGCUCAUCUUCAUUCUCAUCUUUGGAUUGCAACAUUAAAACAACAACUCAUCAAGAACCCGAACAAACUAUGUUUCCAAAGACCCCUUCAAGGGACUCUCUAACACGCCAAUCUUGUCAAGGUGUUGACUUUCGAGGCGUUGUCAAAGAUUCAAUGUACAGACAUAAUCCUACAGUCAAAGAUUAUGGACCCGACCGUCUGGUGGAUUAUAGAGAAUCACUUGAUGCACUUGCUAAGUUUCAAGAAUCCAGUUGGUACUAUAAUGAACCUAGACAACUUUCUACAUCUAAAUCUUACCAACUUAGAGACGGCUCGUCGUUAUCAGUGCCGAAAGACUGUCCAAGGUUUUCUUAUGAUGCGUGGGAAACAAACCGUUUGUCUCCUAGUUAUGCUGACCAAGGCGCGCUUCAGUCACGACAACCUAGUGUUGUAGCCAAGUUGAUGGGCUUGGACGCUUUUCCCGAUUCUUCAUCAGCCAACCAAAAGGAAUCUGGAGUUGAAAAUGCAAAAACUGUCGGGCCAAUCAAAAUGCAUACAUGUUCAAGAAUUUCACCGUGGAAGCAACGUGACGGUGCUAGAAGUCCUCAGAGGCCGGUUACUCGUGCUAUGAGAUCACCAACUAUAAUCCAUAGCCCGUUUUCGUCUGUUUACAGUGAAGUUGAUAAAAGACUCAAGGAUCUUGAGUUCACAGAAACUGGAAAGGAACUUACAGCUCUUAAACAGAUAUUAGAGGCAAUGCAGUUAACAGAAACCCGGAAAGAAGGAACACAAACGAUGUUGAAAAGGCAGCCUGUUUCUACUCAAAAUGAACACCUUAGGGAAUUAAACAAUGUAAGGGCUUAUGAAUCACCUAUUGUCAUCAUAAAGCCCGUUAAUGAUUUCUCGAUUGGUGACCGAAAGAUUUUCAGGAGUAAUAGUCCUAAAAGUACACGUAGAGAGAAUACGGUCAAUGAUACUGCUAUCAAAAGUGGAGGAAGACAAACAAGGACUACACCGGGUUUGACCAAACAACAGCUGAAGAAAGAAAGUGCCACAACUUCAGGCAAGAGCUCAGGAUCAAUCAGCCCAAGAUUACCGCAGAAGAGGCAGUCACGGCUGCCCACGCCGCCAUUGGAUUCUGGUAAACUUAGAAAACAGUCGGCCAAACAGGUUUCAGAGUCGAGGUCCCCUGCUGGAAGAAGGUCAAAGUAUUCUAACAUUCGGCAAAACGAUGGGCAACACCGUGACGUAAAGGGCGAAUCAAAGAUGUUGAGUUACAGAGAAACUCAAGUGUCUCAUGAAGUGGUCAACAUUCCUGAGUUUUCUGAAGAAACUGAGAACAUGCAGAGUCCUAUCUCAAUGCCAGAGAAAUCAACUUUACUUGUAAGGGAUCAAGAAUUACUUGGCCCGGAAUAUCCAAGUCCAGUUUCUGUUCUUGAUGAUGGUAUUUAUUCGGAGGAUUCGCCUUCACCUGUGAAACACAAGCUGAAGACAUUGAAAGAUGACGCCGAUCAAGGGAUUAAAGAUGAAUGGCAAGCACCAGACGUCAUUCCUGACACACUAUCUUCGGGUAUUACCUCUAAAGUUAACCGCAAAAAGCUACAAGACAUUGAGCAUUUGGUUCAAAAACUCACAAAGCUCGGCUCGGGUCACAAUGAAGCACACACAGAUUACAUUGCAUCUCUCUGUGAAAACACAAAGGCCGACGACAUGUAUAUUUCCGAGAUUCUAUUAGCUUCCGGGCUCCUACUCAGAGACCUCGGUUCAAACCUCACAACUUUCCAGUUCCACUCUUCGGGCCACCCGAUUAACCCGGAAUUGUUUUUAGUAUUGGAACAAACCAAAUUCAGUUAUUUAACCAAACAAGAACCCAAUGCACCCAAAAAGAUUAUCAAAAAGGAAAGAAAUCAUAGGAAGCUUGUUUUCGAUGCCGUUAAUGAGAUUCUUGCAGGGAAGUUAAAUUCAAAUCUACCGGUGCCUUUCCAAACGUCUUUUAAGCUCGUUAAAAAGACGUUUAACACACAGAAGCUUUUGAGGGAAUUAUGUUUGGAGAUAGAACAGUUACAAGUUCAAAAUAAGAAAGAAGAUAUAAGUUUAGAAGAGGAAGACGACGGGAUGAAGAGUGUUUUGUGGGAGGAAGUAUUAAACCGCGGAGAAAGUUGGACUGAUUAUGAUGGUGAAAUACCAAUUAUUACAUUGGACGUUGAAAGAUUAAUCUUUAAAGAUUUGGUCAAUGAAGUUGUGUUGGGUGAGGCUGCUGAUGGUAGGCGAAUAAAGCCCGGAAGACGUUGCAGACAACUGUUUUCGAAGUAGUGUGUUCAUUGUUUACUCUGCUGUUUUGCUUCACAUAGUUUUGUUGAUCGUUGUGUACUUGUCGGUUUUCGGUUAUAGCAUGUAAGAGUGUAAGAAUCUAUGUUACUCAAGUGAAAGGAAUGCAACACCAUUGUAUCAACUUGAAGGCAGUUAACAUUUAUGUACAUGAAUGCGUAGGUUGAUGUUAAUAUUUUGUUGGUUAAAGUAAAUCGUAAAAACAAUAGAAACUACAACUUA